AUGGAGUGUGGACGACUUACCAGUGGACUAAGAUGGAGUUCUUAUUCUUUCGCGCCAUCCAACCCGAGUAUACCAUCUGUUGUGAUAGAGGACUGUGAUAGUGAACAAAGCAAUGAUCCAAUUCCUGUGAACGAUAACUAUUUUAUAACUUAUCCCGAUGACGAUAGCGAUGUCGAGACAAAACUUUUAAAAAAUAAAGAUUAUUUAAACAACACUACCAAUCACGACCGCCGUUACGGAAAUCCCCUUUUCAUGUCAGCAGAGGAAGUUUUAAGUGAUGCGAUAAGUGAAGACAGAGAUGCUGAAGAACUAAUGAAGAGUGAAGCAAAAAAGUUUCAGGAUUAUAAGUUUUGCGAGGCAGUUAACGACUUCGACAUUGAGUUGGAAGGCGGGGAGGCGGUGCCUAUAGUUUACCUCUCUACAACGCGAGCAGCAAGACUGCAGAGAGCACUUCGUCUCGCCGGUUUAAAAAAGGUUUGCUUGUUUUUGUUUUUUCUCUUCAAAGUAUUAAUAUUUCCAUUCUUUAUUUUAUCUGAAGGAGUAAGGUUUUAA